CCGACUGCCGUGACGCCGGCGUCGUCCGUCUUUAGUCCGGAGUGACUCCGGAGCAAGGCGCGGCUGCGAUGCGGAGAGCCGGAGGCACCUUGGAGCAGGUUCAUGCUGUCCUAUUCAACAGCUUCUGGAGGAACUGAAUAUGGCCCAGCCUGCGCACCUGAACCAAAAUCUUCCAGAUCUGGGCGGCCCUUUCUUGUACCGCGAUCCGGAGCAGGAUGGAGACAAGGCCUCCUACUCUUUGGAGACCCCCUAUGGCUUCCUGUUGGAUCUGGAUUUCCUCAAGUACGUUGAUGAUAUCGAGAGAGGCCAAACCCUCCGGAAGCUGCCGCUGCAACGCAAGCCCAAGGCCCCCAAGCAGGCCCUGAACUCUUCCCGCAGCCAAACCGGUGCCUGGACCUCCACCGAGUCUCUUUCAUCGACAACCAGCGAGGAUGGAAAAAUGGCCUUCUCCCCGCGGCCCAAACUGUGGGCCAGUUCCUCAGACAUCAAGGAGCCCAUGAGCAAACCGGCCUCGCUCCCUGUGUCCCCGUCGCCCGUCAUCCAUCUUCUCCCUCCUCCUUCUCCCAAAUCGUGGAUGAGAAACAUGCAGGUAGAGAAGACCUUGUUGGAGACCAGUAAGAGGCUGGAAGAAGAGCAGCUGAAUUUGUGGAUAGGCGGAUACUCCACAGCCCUUGCCACACCAGCUAGCCCUUGUGGGGCCAGCGUCUUUCCCCAGGAUUACUCUCUGAUGGGUGAGAGCCAAGCUAACCCCAACCUGCCUCUAGCGGGCUCCAUAAAGUUAAGCCCCUCCAAUUCAGGAAGGAGCACCCCAGCCGCGGCGGUCAGCCCCGCGCACCUCCAUCACGUCCGCGAGCAAAUGGCGGCCGCCCUGAGACAACUGAAGGCGCUUGAAGAGGAAGUGAAGGCCAUUCCUGUUCUGGAAAGUCAGAUUUGCAGGCUGAAGAAAGAGAACGAGCAGCUGGUGGCUGGCUUGUGGGAGAAGAUUGGGCCUGAUGGGGAUGAGGCUUGUAUCUUCAGCUUUCCUGCGAGGUCUCCGAGCUCAGGCAGGGAAGGAUCUCAAGUCAGCUGCGAGGCUCAGGCUGAUGCAGAGCCUUCCAAAAUGAGGUCGAGUAAAAUUGCCGGGCUGAAGAAACUGACUGAGAAAUUGUCCGCUUCCGAAAGGGCCAAGAAAGCAGGCAGAGGAACGGCCCAUCCUUCAAAAAUAGAAGAGCGCACGUGGCGAUCCGUCGGCGUCGGGGAGGAGGUGGACAUGAAUGAAGCUGUGUUCUACUACCGGUGCCAAAAGCCGUGCCGAGAGGUGGCUGUUGGGUGGGAGACCGACACCAGAGAUGCGGAGGUGUGGGUGAUGGAGUCGUUGCUCGGGGUUUCUUCUGAGGCUGAGAAGGAGAUCGAGAUCCUUCAGCAGACUGUCCAGCAUCAAAGAGAAAUCAUCGCCAUGCUGGAGGGACACCUGAAAGAGGCCACGGACGAGCUUGAGGAGCUGAGGGUUGAGGUUUGCCGGAGAAUGCCAAGGAACCUCAUCAGCAAGGAGAUGAUGGCCCAGCCAGAGACGGUGGAAGUGGGCACGGAAGCUGCUCUGGCCACGCAGUGCCAAGCCAUGGGCAGCCGCGUGGAAAUGGCAGACAAGGCUGUGCACUGCCACCCUCAAGUAGCUUGUAUUGGAGUGGGCUGCAACUCGCAGUGGAAAGAUCUCUUCCCCGGGCAACCUGGGGGAAAAGUUACACAGGCUGGUCAGGAGACAAAAGUCACAGCGCCGUGGAAGGACAGUAAGUCUGCCCCGGCAGAUCCUGACCAAGGCACAGCUGCCUCCGUGUCCACGCCGGAAGUUGCAAAAAUCAGACAGCCGGUGGGCCCUGAGGAAUGCAGAUACCCCGAAGCGUCCCUGCAAACAGAGAGUUUGAGUGUGGAUCUGGACUCGCACUUGCUCCCUCCGCCCAUGACGAGGGAGAUGGAGGACGUGAACGUGCGACGGGAGUCUGAAUUUUUUUCCACAGGGAUCUCAGGAACUGGAGCCCUCAAAUCAAUCAUGAAGAAGCGAGGCAGCCCUGCCACGAUGGAGGCCGGACGCGGGCGGAAGAGCCUCCAGUUUGUGGGAUUACUGAAUGGCGAGUAUGAGAGCACCUCUAGUGAGGAAGAAGAGGAGGGGGCGAGGUCCCCCAGGACAGGAGCCCCCCUCGGCUCCAACGGCGACACACCCAGCACCAGCGACGCCUCCGACGAGGGCUCGGGCGCCCCCCUGGAUAGCAGCGACAGCGAUCUGGAGAGCCCCGUUCUGGGGGCGGCCCAGGAGGAGGCAACGUUGGGCCCUGCUCCACAGGAAGCGGAAGAAGCCAGCAGCCCAGGAGAGGUUUCCCCGGAGGUGGAAGAAAAGUUCGAGCUGAGUCCCCGGCUGAGAGAUGCUUGUCUCAUGGUGAAGGGCCACCUGGGCCACGGCGGGGCUGCCCCCAAGAGCAAAGAGGUGCUUUCCAGUAUGAGCUUCGUCCUUCAGGAGUGGUUCCGCCUGUCUAGCCAGAAGGCCUCUGUGGCUCACGAGGUAGCCAAGCAGCUGCAGGCCUUUGCCGAGAUCUCGCCUGCGCUCUUGGCCCACGUCGUCAACCUCUCUGACAGCAAUGGGAACACAGCCCUCCAUUACAGCGUCUCUCAUUCCAACUUCGAAAUCGUCCAGCUUGUGCUCAACACAGGGAUCUGUAACGUUAACCAUCAGAACAAGGCCGGCUACACAGCCCUCAUGUUAGCUGCCUUGGCCGCUGUGGAGCAGGAAGAAGACAUGGCUGUCGUCCGGAGACUCUUCAGUAUGGGGAAUGUCAACGCCAAAGCUAGCCAAGCCGGUCAGACAGCGCUGAUGCUUGCGGUCAGCCAUGGGCGGCAGGAGAUGGUGGAGGCCCUGUUGGCUUGCGGGUCAGACAUCAACCUUCAAGAUGAAGAGGGCUCCACGGCGCUGAUGUGUGCCUGUGAGCACGGGCGAGCCGGCACCGUGACACUGCUCUUGAGCCAGCCGGACUGCGAUGCAUCCAUCGUGGAUAGCGAUGGCAAUGACGCCAUUUCCAUCGCGCUGGAGGCCGGCCAUCAGGACAUAGCCCUGUUGAUAUCCACCCAACUCACGCAAUCAUCAGCACGCUCUCUUGGACAGGAACGGGAGGAUUCCUGAGUGACAAGAGACUAUAAAGCUUGGGUCGUACCCGUGGCCUCGAUCUGCUGACCACAGAGCAAACUCUGUCCUUCCUAUCACUUUUUUUAAAAACAAAAACAGUCUCCCCUUGGGAAUCCCCAGCCUUUUGUUUUUCCUACACGAAGGGAGGAGGGAAAUAAUCAGAUUGUAUGUCCUCCCCUCUAAAAUACACCACUCCUGAACAAUGCUCACACUAGGAAUGUCAGUGGUUCCACAGGGGUACUAGUCCUCAGUGAGGUGGCCAACCAGUGUCAAAAUUACCAGCUUGGGCCACCAACUUAGAUAGCUUGAAAAGAGGCUUAGACCAAUACAUGGAGGAUCAGACUAUCGAUGGCUCCAGUUGGAGGCAGGAUGUUUCCAAAUACGUUGCCAGAAACCGCAGGAGGGAAGAGUUGCUGUUGCGCUCGGGUCCCGAUUGUGGGCUUCCCAUGGUGGCCGUCUGGUUGGCCACUGUGAGGACAGGAGGAUGGACUAGAUGGGCCACUGGUUCUUAGGUUCUUGUUACCACUUUAGACUGCUCCGCUGAAGAAAAGUCAUUCUCUGUGCAGCAUAACUUCUUGACCCCCAUCCUCGUUUUCUAUGAAAAAGGGGCGUUUAAACGCCCCUCCCUGCAAAAGAAUCUCUACCUAUGAAAUGCAACUUCUCCACACUCUAGUAACACAGAGAUCAGCAUUCCCCAGGCUGGUGCUCUCCAGAUGUUGGUCUCAUGUCAGCCUGGAUGAUGAGUCGAACAUAUCUGAAGGGCACCCAGUUGGGUUACCUUAAGAAGGCCUUCUAUUCUGCCAGCUUUUCUAGAAACAUGGAAUUUUUGUAAGGGUGAAAGCCUAACAGCAAUAGAAGCCCCAACCACUUGCUGACCACCACACUGAGGACUAGACGCAUGCCCCUCACCCCAAAUCCUUUCCUCGUUUUGCCAAGAAGGGUCCCAUCUUUCUUACCCACCACACCUCUUCCUCCUUGGCCACUGCCCUGAGUGAGAUGACGACUGUGAAUGACAGGCCUCUACAGCAGAAGUGAUGGAUCUGGUCUUUAUAAGCUCUUAGCCUGUUCGUUGCAGUUUGGGAUGAGGAAAAAAAAAGCCACUCCAAAGGAUCCUGUGCUGCAGUUCAUGCACAAAGCUUGUUUGUUUUUUUAAUCUCUUCAAAUGUUAUCUCACCAGAAUAAAGAGCCAACAACAC